AGAGAGAGAGAGAGAGAGUGGGAUCAGCAGCAGAGAGUCUCUCAGAGCGGCUCUGAGCGCAGAAGUGGAAGGACGCGCUCUGCAUCUCCAUCUCCAUCUGCAUCUCCAUCGCGCUCCUGAGGAGGAGAAAAAACGGUACUUUGUCUGCUGGACACUCAGACACAAACACAGUCAAGGACAUAUUUACGCACAGGAUUCGGGGAUUUUUUUGCACGUCAUGGCAUUUGUUUGGAAACUAAAGAAACAACGUGCUCAGCUGGAGACAACUCAUUCACAAAGAUGAGUCACCAAGGAGGUGAUCGGUGCAACAUCCAGUGCUCCUGUGGACACAAAGUCCGGUAAGCUGCAGCGUGGUCCCUUCUGGUCACCUUCUGGAACGAUGACAUCUCGUGGUGGUGGCGACGUCCUUGGCGCGCCAGAGUGCGUGUGAGUGUGAGUGAGUGACCGAUAGUGUUUCUGAGAGAGAGAGAGAGGAAAGGGAGGCUGGAUAUAAACAGCAGCCGGGCUUCCAGGCAGCAACAGCCGGACACUCAGAGCAGCCAUCUCGCCUCAGCUCCUCAGACCCAUGCAGGAUGCCCGGAGAGCGCCGGGGAGUCCUGGUCCAGCUCAGCCCGAGUUCAUGACGCUCUGGGCGACCUCGUCAUGCGUCUUUUGCCCGAGCCCAGCGCCCAGUCCCUCCGGCUCCUCUUCCUCUUCAUCUUCGUGAUGGGGGUGACCCCGUCCCCGGCUCUCACGGCCGGCUGUCCGGACAGAUGCGUGUGCGACGACCAGCUGGUGGUCCAGUGCGCCGGACAGGAGCUCACCAUGUUCCCAAAUGACCUGCCUCUGGCGACCCGGCAGCUCAUCAUCUCCAACAACCGCAUCGGAGACCUUCCGGCGCUGCAGCUCAACUACCUGUCCGAUCUGGUCUACCUGGACUGCAGCAACAACUCCCUGGCUGAGAUCUCCGAGUCCACCUUCGGGAAUUUGCGUAAACUCGCCUACCUGGACUUGUCGUUCAACAUCUUGCUGCAGAUCGAGGACCGGACUUUCGGGCCCCUGGCGUCUCUGGUGAUGCUCCGGCUGACGGAUAACCCAAGUCUUGGGGAGAUCCACCCGGACGCCUUCUCGGAGAACAUGGCUCUGCAGGUGCUGGACGUGAGCCGGAACAACCUGACGGCACUGAACAUCAGCAGCCUGAUCGCGCUGCCGGCUCUGCGCUCUUUGGGGCUAAGCGGAAACCCCUGGAGCUGCGACUGUGACACGGAGGACCUCUGCCUCUGGGUGCAGAUAGAGGGCUUCAAGUUCCAAGACGAGGGCCAGACGGUUUGCCACAGCCCCCCAGAGCUGGCGGGCCAGCGGAUGGCGGAGGUCGGCAUGCAGCUGCGGGCGGACUGCCACCAAGGCCUGGGCUACUGGGACUACCUCUUCUUCAUCGCCAUCGGCUUCGUCAUCUUCUCGGCCGGCACGGUGUCGGCCUGGGUGAUGGGCGUGCUCAUGGUGCUGUACGAGCGCUACACCAAACGGAAGAGCGAGGAUAUGGACAGUGAUGACGAGGACGACAGGGGAGGGAUGGGCGGAGGAGGAGGAGGUGGAGGAGGUGGGAACCAGGGGAACGGGGAUCUAAGCAAGCCUGGCAUGCAGGUGUGACAGACUGAUGUGAGACAACAUGAGGAGGGAUGACACGAGAGAGGAAGAAGUGAUGAUGAGAGGACUCUGAGACCAAAGGCUCUGCGAUGACCCCAGAUCUGACUGUCUCUCUUUGUUACAGAUUUAGAUAUCGCAAUAUGCUCUUCACCAUAUUGGACAGAAAGUGUGUGUGAGUGAGUGUGAGAGUGUGUGUGCAAGUGUGAGAGAGAAAGAGAGACAGACAGAGACAGCAAUAAGGAUGACUAUGCCUUCACUUCAGGAGUACAGAAUGACCUCUGAGAUUAUUGAGAGCAAUAACCCCCAUACACACACACACGCACACACACACACACACAUACUGCUCAUCUCAGCACAGAUACUCCGCUGGUUUCUCCGAGUGGGUGGACGUAACUGCAUACUAUGUGAAGUGCUCUUGAGUAAUAUUCUGUACAUGAUGAUUAUAACAAGGCGUGACACACAAAGUACAUUAAUACACAUGAGAAGGUGUUGGGGGUCACAAAGAGAGUGAUGCCUUAUCUCUGCUACAAUAAAAAAACGUAGUACAUUUCGGUAUUAAGAUGUGAUUUUCCUGAACGCCUUAAGGCAACUCACUUGAAAUAGUUGAACAGUCACUGUUAGUCUUCUAUAGACAGAAUCUGUCCAGAAACAGUUUGGGGAUACGAUCAAAUGAUUUGAAUGUAAAAAAAAUACUUCUACAACUCGCUGCUGGUGGGAUUAACUAUGUGGAAGUUUAAAGGCACCCUGUGGAGUUUUUAACCACUAGUGGCGUUACGGAGUAAUGUUUUUAAUGAGUGGGUUUGUUUGUAUGUCGUGCUCAACGUAUCCUCAUACAACAACACAUUCUCAUCCUAGCUCGUCACAUACCGCCACUUGACAUCACUUUAUUUUCGGCAU